AUGGACCUCAUGCUCGACAUCUGAUGUUGAUACUCCAGCUUCGAAGAAGAGACUUUUUCUCUGUUGACCAUAUUGUGACAAAAGUAGCGCAAAGUCCAAUCUGUGCCCUCAUCAUGGUUCGUUCAAACCAUAGCCGACCUAUUCCAACCCAGAUCUGGGAGAAACACAAAUUUACCAUCUAUGAACUCUAUGCGAAGUUACCCCUGGAUCAAGUUAUGGCUGAAAUGCAACAGAAACACGACUUCGCUGCAACCGCGCAGCAGUACAAGCGACAACUGGGGAAAUGGGGUCUCCGGAAGAACGUCUUGGCCGAGCUGGACGUCAUUGACGACGAAUCAAUCGCACGUGGAGGCAAGGUCUCCCAACGCCAGAUUCGUCGCUUUGAACGGAGGAAACAGCUGAAGACACAGAAGCCAGCGAAACCAAAAUCGGCCACUCCACGCACCACCCGCUCACGCUCCGCUCAGAAGCGAAGGGGGAUGUGAAUUGACAGGGACUAAUUUGGUGCUGCUCUAUUCUCGGAGAUGUACCCGUUAUUCGAGGCUUCAUCAACACACGAGUAGUGACGGACCCCUAUACCCGAGAUGUGAGCAAAUGGGUUUGCAACAGAAGCACAAGACCUCUCGCCGUUUAUCAAGUUUCCUACUCCAAUACGCCGGCCUCGCACUUGACUCGAAGGCCUUGGCACAACUGAACAUCUUGCAAAAUGCAGCGUUCGUUGGCUCUGGCCGAACGCUCAUCCCCCUGGCAAACGACCGAACACGGACCAUGUCCUGCACUAAAGGCUGAAAUCAUUACUUAGUUGCAUUAACCUGGGGAAGCAACCAGCUCAAAAAAAGCCCCCCACAUUACUGAUCUAGACGGGACAGAUAUAAUGGGAACUGACAGCCCGCAAUAUCUGAGCCAAAAAGGGGGUUUACCUUCCAGAUAUGGCAGGUCAACUUGUGACUGAGCAAGGCGUACAAGUGCAUAGCUCGUGCUCGCUCGCUUGCGGGCGGGGGGAAUACUCGACUAUCCUUUCGACUUGGUGGGAAUUACGAAGGGCCCAUCGGUUACACGGAAAUAGAUAUCCUGGCUAGGGUGUUCUUGAUAGCGGUCUGUUGUAAUAUUCGUCUGCUCACUUGCGAGCCUCUUGGAACCGUCAAACAUCGCUGGGGACAUUUCCCGAGACGGCGGUGAUGGCCAGGCUGGAGACAUGACACCAUGAUGCUGCCGAACCAGCUCAGAACCCCCCUCGAGAUUUCGCAGCACCAUCCUCAGCCUUGUCUCCCUGGCCCACGGCUU